UUCUUCGCCCUCCCCUUCCGUCUCUCUCCUUCGUGCGCCAACUUAUACUCCUACUGCGAUGUCUCACCGCGCUGUUUCCCGAACGAUCUCUGCGUCACCUUUCAGCGCCGUCAAUGUCAACAGCCAUCAACUCAGAGGUAGGACGGCCAAGGCCGCGGCAUCCCGUACACCCAGCAAGGAGCCGGUGGAAAAGACCAAGGGCGCGGGCCGACGCAAGUCGGUCUCGAAGAGGAGGAAGGUUCUGCGGUCUAAAAACCCACCGAUGGACUCAUGGACGGGGAUGCCGACUCUGUCCUAUUGCUGUUGCAAGGUGUUCUCCUGCACCAGCGUUUAUGUCACCACCUACCCGUCGCUCCCCCGGUUCGUCGAUAGUGUGUUGGAGGAGUACUGAGUUUCACGUAGUUGCGCUGUACCGAUCAGAAGUGAAACACCAACUGCCGCAAAAAGCUCCGCGCGGCAGCUCCAUACGUGUCCCGGGGCCACUCCGGCGUUCAAGUAACCGCUCGCCCGGUGCUAUUCUAGCCCGCGGUCCGAGAGUGUUGUGGGCGAGGAAUAUCCUCACAGUGCUGCUCCCUGCCGCCCU